GUUUUGACACUUGUCAUAAUUAAAGAAAACAUUCCAAUAUAUGUUUUCAUUUACAACAAUUAUUUGUGUUUGUUUUUUUGUUUACUUUAACAAUUCUACAUAAAAUAAAAGCUCAAAUCUACAAGAAAACGUAAAAACGGCAGCAAUAUGAAUUAUGGGCGUAAGACUCCAUCGACAUAUCGAUCAAAUCCCUCUGUGUACUCUCAUACUACGGGAAGAUCAUCUACAAAUCUGCAUACGGUGAAAUCCCGUUCCACGCGUUCGGUGCGUAUACCCUGGUACCAAAGACCCAUUCUAAAGAACAAUCAAUAUAUUGAUAUACAAAAAAAUGCCAUGAUGAUUGGUUUAUUUGCCAUAUUCUUGGCUUUGUUUACUAUUGGUACUGCCAUCUUUGAUAUCUAUUGCUUGGCCAUGGCUGCGCCUGGUUCCACACAUUAUGGUUAUUAUAUUAUAUCAUAUGAAUUUGUGUAUGUAGGCAACAAACAUGUGCGCAACAUGUUGAUGGUUUUUGCUUUAUUUUCCUUAGUAUUGGGUGUUAUAAUACUGUUUACCAGCAUACUACUGGUCGUAGCUUUAAGAAAGGAAUAUGAACGUAAAAUUUUACCUUGGCUGUGGACAUUUGCCAUAUUUACGGUAUGGCGCCUUUUGUCUCUACUGUUCUUUGCCAUUGUCAAUGAUUUGUAUUUUGCCUACAAUGCUGUCAUGGUAUUUAUGUGGUCUGUUUUCAUAUUGUUUUCCAUUUUGGGUUGGUGUGUGGUUUAUUCGCUAUUCCUGGAAUUAGUAGAUCUAACAAAACUGGAAGAUUUGGCCCACUUAAGAAUGGGCACCAUGGCUUCUUUGCAUGCCUCCACUGCCAAUUCCUUAGCCGGUUCACGUCCUACUACACCUCACAGUACUGUCUCUACUAUGCCGGUUGGUUAGAUUUAUAUAGAAUUGCUCAACUAUUGACAUUCUCUACGAAUCUCUUUACAAACAUUGUUUUAUACAUAUGUAUUACUUUCGAAACCGUCCUUUAUUUUUAAUUUUUAUUUUAUCAAUAAUCUUUUUCAAAUACCUUAAUGUAGAAAACAUUCCAUUUAUAUCAUAUUAUUUUGUUUGAAAAUGUUAUGACAUUUAAUUAUGUGUAUUUAGAAGUGCCUUAAUGGAAAAUAAUUCAUCAUUAUUUGUUCUUUACACUGUAGUGUAGUUGAUUAUAAAGCUUACAAAUUGUUUUAAGUACAUUUAUACAUUUUAUAAAACUUUAUAUAUACAUAUAUAUUUAGUAUAUAAGCCGAAAUUUACACCGUCCAUUUUUAUAUAAUACAUAAAAAUAUGUAUUUUUAAAUUUUUUUUCUACUUUAACGAGUGCAAACAUGAAAACCGUAUUUUAAGUUUUUAUUUAAAUAAUUAUUAUCUCAAAUAUUAUUGAAAAUAUUGAACAUAUCAGUCAAUAAAACAAAAUAAGUACUUUUUCCAGUAAUAA